AUGACUGGGAAAGGAAAUAUAACAGAGAUCACCUAUUUCAUCCUGCUGGGAUUCUCAGAUUUUCCCAGAAUCAUAACAGUGCUCUUUGUCAUAUUUUUGGUGAUCUAUAUUAUGUCUCUGACCUGUAACCUGGGCCUCAUUGUUUUAAUAAGGAUGGAUUCCCACCUCCAUACACCCAUGUACUUCUUUCUCAGUAACCUGUCCUUCACAGACAUCUGCUAUGUAAGUUCCACAGUUCCCAAGAUGCUCUCCAACUUCUUCCAGGAGCAGCAAACUAUUACCCUUGUGGGUUGCAUUGUGCAGGACUUCAUCUUUUCAAUGAUGGGACUGAACGAGUCUUGUCUCAUGACAGCCAUGGCUUACGAUCGCUAUGUUGCCAUUUGUAACCCCCUGCUCUAUGCAUCCAUCAUGUCACCUAGGCUUCGUGUUCACAUGGUGAUGGGAGCCUACAUGGCUGGUCUUGCUGCCUCUUUUUCCCAGUUAUGUGCUUUGCUUCAGCUCCACUUCUGUGGGCCUCAUGUCAUCAGCCACUUCUUCUGUGACACGCCCCAAUUAUUAAUCUUGUCCUGCUCUGGCACUUUCUUUGUACAGGUCACUACAGCUGUAAUAACAAUGAUCUUUGGCAUAGCAAGUGUUCUAGUUAUCAUGAUAUCCUAUGGCUAUAUUGGCAUCGCCAUCAUGAAGAUCACUUCAGCUAAAGGCAGGUCCAAGGCAUUCAACACCUGUGCUUCUCAUUUAACAGCUGUUUCCCUCUUCUAUGCAUCAAGUAUCUUUGUCUAUUUGAAUUCCAGCUCUGGUGGUUCCUCCAGCUUUGAUAGAUUUGCAUCUGUCUUCUAUACUGUGAUGAUUCCCAUGUUGAAUCCCUUGAUUUACAGUCUGAGGAACAAGGAAAUCAAAGGUGCCUUGAAAAGGUUACAUAAGAGAAGGUGCUACUGGGGUCACCAAUUCUGA